UCACAGAACGGAAAUCGACCCUGAUCAAACGAUUUUUUGUUCUCUUCCUGCUCACUAUACAGAAUAAGAUCGUCUAAUGUAAACAGACUCAAGACACAAACAAGUUUUAAAAAAAUCUUUCCACAGUACUGUGUCUUUCGUGAUCGUGGUUAUCUUCCCCUCUCAAAAACAAAAAAAAAAAAAACAAAAAACAACUUGUUUGUGUCUGGAUUUCUGGAACCUUUUGUUAGAUGCACGAAUUGAGUAAUUCAGUUUUAAAGGAACCUUGCUUGUUAAAGAUUUAACUUUGUUAAAGUCAUAGAUAGUUGAGGUCAAAAAUUUGCGACGGUCGGGUGUGUAUAGAGAGAAAACUAAAUUUCUAUAAAAUGUUUAAGAGUUUAAAGAAAUAUUUGGAUACAUUCGCAAAGAUAUUAAAGUGCAAAGAUGCAAUUAUGUUUCAUUAUUGAGUUUUAAAUUCAAUAGAUACUAAUAUUGAAUGCAAUGAUUAAUUUAAAACUUUGUGUACUUAUAAUAAGUAUAUAAAGGUUUUCUCGAUAGUGUGUAAUUUCUGUGUAAAGUAUAGAGCUGGUUUGACACGAGAAAGAAAGAGUCAAAUAUAUACAAAAAGUGUUAACAUGAUUUUGUUGUGAUACCUACCUAAAAAAAUAAAAUGUUUGGAUAUUUACCAAAUUUUUGUUCGCGUGUGCUGGUAUAUUUUUUUGUAUUGGCAUCUUAAAAUUACAGGGAAAUCGUUUGCUGUUUUGUGAUUGUGUGAAACGUGAAUUCAAAUUAGAUUCCAACGAACAAUAAAUUGAUGUUUAUUUUUUUUGAAAAAGAAUUCUGAAACUUAUUUUUUAAGUUUAUCUAGUGAUUUGGGCAAAAAUUAAUUUUUAAAUUGAUUUCUCAUUUUAUACAAAAUCUCGGAAUUUGAGGAUACAAAUUUGAAUGAUUGUACAUAAAAUUGUCAAUACCCAAUAAGCUAUAUUACAGACACUAAUGUAAACGAUGGCCACAUUAGGCCUUUCAAAAGUUUUCAUCCUGGAUAAAUACUUUACGGAAUUGCAAAAGUUUUGGGAGACUGAAAAAAAGUUACAAGAUGCAUCAUCUUCGAACGAAGCUGUCCACCUACAACAGCGUUUAAAGUGUCUUAGUACAGAGUUGGUCACUCUUCGAAAUCGUUUGCACGUAGGACAAACACAAACUUCAGUAGCAAAUGCAACGGUGAAUGUUGCUAAUCCAGCUAAUGCAGAAAACAGUGUUGUAUCUACGAAUAAUCAUAAAUGUAUAAAAUCUAGUCAGCCGACCAGCAUCAUCAAUGCACAAACUACAGUACAAAGUGGAAUUAUCGCAGGAGGAAACCUUCAACGUUCACCAUCGAAUAGUACUCCUCCAAAGUUGACUGCUAGUAAGAAUCAACAUACCAUUAAUUCGUGCUUACAACAAACCACAGGAGUAGUAGCAAGAAAUACAUCAAUUCCCCAUCCACUUCCGCAACACAUUAAUGAUCAAUUAACAGCAAAUCAACCUUUUAACGAAACACAGCCAACGACGCGACCGACAGGGCCAGGACUAUUCAAUACUCCAUUUAUUCCUGUUGUGCAGAAAAAUAUAAAUCCUUGCAAUGGCAUAAACAAAUACUUUCAAAAUUCUUCGAUAACAAGAAAUGGACAGCAAAAGGAGCCGAACGAAAUGAAGGAUCUAAUACACUUGGCUGGUCCAUUAACAGAAGAUGCCGUGAUGAGAACGCUUCAAGCUCGAUUUAAUGAAAAUUUGUAUUUUACCAAUGUUGGACCCAUUUUGUUAUCGAUUAAUCCGUAUCUUGAUGUUGGAAACCCACUUACAUUGUCAUCAACACGUUCACUUCCACUAGCGUUGCAGCUUAAAAAAAUUGUACAAGAAGCUGUUCGACAACAAGCUGAAACGGGUUAUCCACAAGCAAUAAUAUUGUCUGGAACUUCAGGUGCUGGGAAAACACAUUGUUCCAUGCUAUUGUUGCGGCAACUAUUUGCAGUUGCGGGUGGUGGUCCCGAAACAGAUGCCUUUAAGCAUUUGGCAGCUGCAUUUACAGUUCUACGUUCAUUGGGCUCGGCAAAAACAACCACAAAUUCAGAAUCUAGCCGUAUUGGGCAAUUCAUCGAGGUUCAAGUUACAGACGGAGCCCUUUAUAGAACAAAAAUACAUUGCUAUUUUUUGGACCAAACACGAGUUAUACGACCAUUGCGGAAUGAGAAAAACUAUCACAUAUUUUAUCAAAUGCUGGCGGGACUCAACAGAGAUGAGAGAUCUAAGUUAAACCUUGAAGGUUAUUCUUUGGUGAAUCUAAGAUACCUUCAACAUGGUGAUAUAACACAAAGAGAACAAGAAGAUUCAAGCAGGUUCCAGGCAUGGAAAGCAUGCUUGGGAAUCUUAGGUAUACCUUUUUUGGAUGUUGUUAGAGUUUUGGCAGCAGUACUACUUUUGGGAAAUGUGCAGUUCAUUGACGGACAGGGACUCGAAGUUGAUGUCAAGGGAGAAUCAGAACUUAAUUCAGUCGCAAAUUUGCUUGGAGUACCUCCAGCAGCUCUCUUUCGCGGUCUAACAACCCGCACUCACAAUGCUAGAGGACAACUUGUUAAAUCCGUAUGCGACGCAAACAUGUCCAACAUGACAAGAGAUUGCCUUGCAAAAGCUCUGUACUGUCGUACAGUUGCAACAAUUGUUCGAAGAGCAAAUAGUCUUAAAAGACUAGGUUCAACAUUGGGAACACUAAGUUCUGAUUCUAACGAAUCCGUACACAAUCAAGCCGAUGUAGCUAGCCAGCACACUUCAACCAUUGGUGGAAACUCAGGAUCCAAGUCGAUGACAGCAUUAAAUAAUGCAGUUCGUCAUGCUACUGAUGGAUUUAUUGGAAUACUUGACAUGUUUGGAUUUGAAGAACCAUCGCCACAAGCGCAGCUGGAGCAUCUCUGCAUUAAUUUAUGCGCUGAGACAAUGCAACACUUUUACAAUACCCACAUUUUUAAAUCGUCCGUCGAAUCUUGCCGCGAUGAAGGAAUUAUAUGCGAUACAAUUGUUGACUAUGUCGACAAUGUUCCAUGUAUUGACUUAAUAUCCUCUUUAAGGACUGGACUUUUAAGUAUGCUCGAUGCAGAAUGCUCAGUUCGUGGAACCGCCGAGAGCUAUGUCGCAAAAAUCAAGGUACAGCACAGAAAUUCCACACGUCUAGAGACUAAGCACGCUGAGCCUCAUGAUCCACGAUUGUUUACAAUCCGCCAUUUCGCUGGAAAAGUUGAAUACGAUGCAACUGAAUUUCUUGACACUAAUCGAGACGUUGUCCCUGACGACUUGGUUGCUGUAUUUUACAAACAUUCCUGCAACUUUGGGUUUGCCACUCAUCUUUUUGGGUCCGAACUUAAAGCACUUUAUGCUUUACAAAGUGUUCCUCGUGGCCUAAGCUUUCGUAUAUCCCCAACCUCCCAUACCGAUCUUUUAAACGGCGACGAACCAGUGUCGACUUUAACACAAGACUUUCACACACGUCUCGAUAAUUUACUUCGCACUCUUGUGCAUGCUCGGCCACAUUUUGUGCGCUGUAUACGCAGUAAUUCAUCAGAAGCAGCAGGGCGUUUUGAACGUUUGGUUAUCGUAAAGCAAGUUCGUGCGUUGCAAGUGCUUGAAACAGUCAAUUUAAUGGCUUCAGGAUUUCCACAUCGAAUGCGUUUCAAACAGUUUAAUGCAAGAUAUCGUAUGCUGGCACCUUUUCGUUUGUUGAGAAGAUGUGAAGAAAAAGUUUUGGAGGAUUGUAACCUUAUACUCCAAUAUGCAAUGGAGAAUCCACCCGAAGUAGAUGGCUCAGUAACGUUAUCUUGGGCUCCUGGCAAAAGACACAUUUUCCUCAGCGAAGGUAUUCGUCAGCAUUUAGAGAAUUUAAGAUCUGAAAUUCGCACUAAAAGUGCGACUAUGAUUCAAAGUAUUUGGCGCGGAUGGCAGUUUCGCAAAAAAAUAGGAAGUAUCAAAAAACCCAGAGAUAUGCUCAUGUAUUCUACAAAAACCUUAAAAGGCUCCAAUGGUGGUAAGAUUGAAACGCUUAGCUUAAAUUCGUUUGCAAUUUCAUUAUUUUCUUCAGCGUUUACUUCGUUUCUAGCACAAAGAGUUUCAUCCAAAGGAAACACAAAUCUUCAAACAACGACGACACGGCCACGACCACAACCAAUAGCAGGCACCCCUCCACCAGAUCCAAACGAAAAGUAUGAUUCAAAGAUUAUACAGCAAACGUGCAGUCUCUUCGGAUUAGAUUUAGAGCGUCCACCUCCGGUUCCACCAUCACGCCCAUACACCGUAACUGGAAACUCAAAGCUUGGCUAUCCACAGAAUAGAUUGAUGAAAAUGAAUUUCCCUGAGGACUCAGUCACUAAUCCCCCAUCUGAGCAACUCAAAAAAGGAGAUACUGUUACGGUGGUCGGUGCAUCUUCUUGUCGUGGUCAUUUAAUUGUCGAACACAAUGGGCAAAGCUUCCACGUUCCCUUUCAAUACAUGGAGCUUGUAAAAAAUGGCACAGCGGGCUCCUGUGUGAAAUUAUAAAUUAAACUUAAGGAUUAUAUUCAUUGAACCACAUUAUGUGGUCUUUUGGAUUUGAAUCAAAUUUUUAAGACUGUAAAUAAUUUAUUUUAAAGAUUAAUUCUUUUUCUCAUAAAAAUUAAUUUUCUACUUUUUGCAUUUGAUCUACUUGUAAACUUUUGUUCAAUAACUGUAAUAAUUUUUCUCAUAUUAUUUUAUUGUUUAGUUUUUUUUUUUUUUUUUGGUGGAGAAAAGAAUGAUCGAAGAAUUAUUGAGACAAUUUAUACGCUCCAGUGCCAAUGUUUAAGUACAGAAUAUAAAAAUAAAUUAAUUUAAGAAUGUCAGUAUUUCCCCACCAACAAGUUUUAUUUGUGUAUAAGUUCCUAGAAUGAACUUUUGAUUAUAAAUAAAACUAUUGCAAUAUUAAUGAGUGAAUAAAGUAUUUCUUUCAUGUAUAUCA